AUGGCAGACAUAGCAGACCAUUACGAUGAUCCCAUCCGAAUAGCAGUCAUCGGCGGCACAGGUCUCAGCUCCCUCGCCGACUUCACCCACGUCGCCAAUCUCAAACCAACAACACCUUGGGGACCCCCCUCCUCCCCCAUCGCCGUCCUCCAACACCCUUCCCCAACCACCGGCAAGCCUAUACCAAUCGCCUUCCUCUCCCGCCAUGGCAUCCACCACGAAACCGCACCCCACGAAGUCCCCAGCCGCGCCAACAUUGCCUCCCUCCGUAGCAUAGGCGUGCGCACAAUCAUCGCCUUCAGUGCCGUAGGCAGUCUACAAGAGGAAAUCAAGCCCCGGGACUUUGUCGUUCCUGACCAAAUCAUCGAUCGCACAAAAGGUGUGCGGCCUUUCACAUUCUUCGAAGGCGGUAUGGUGGGGCAUGUAGGGUUCGCAGACCCGUUCGACAAUGGAGUAGCCGAAGUAGUGCGGAAGUGCGGACACUCAUUGGCAGGCGAAGGGGUGCGACUACACGACAAAGGCCUACUGAUCUGCAUGGAAGGACCACAGUUCAGCACGCGGGCAGAGAGUAAUCUGUACCGCUCCUGGGGCGGCAGUGUGAUCAACAUGUCCGCUCUCCCCGAAGCGAAGCUCGCGAAGGAAGCGGAGAUUGCGUAUCAAAUGAUUUGUAUGUCGACGGACUACGACUGCUGGCACGAUUCUGGGGACGUGACGGUGGAGAUGGUGAUGGGGAACAUGAAGGCGAAUGCGGAGAACGCGAGGAGGUUUGUGGGGGCGGUGUUGGAUGAGUUGAGUAAGGAGGAGCAUGCGGAUUUGGUGUUGGCGAAGCAUUUGGAGGGGCAGACGAAGUUUGCUGGGGCGAUCACGGCGGUACAAGGGAGGAGCGAGGAGGCGAAGGGGAAGUUGGGGUGGUUGUUUCCGGGGUAUUUCGAAUGA